AAACAAAUAAUAUAUUCAAACAAUGUCUCAAUUAGUCUCAUCUUCAUACGGUAAAUCCAACGUUAAGUUCCUUAAGGUUAGAAAGGAUGCUUCUGAUCCAAAAGUUCAAGAAGUUCUCGAAGCUAACGUGGAAGUUCUCCUCAGAGGUGGCUUUGACGACUCAUACACCAAGGCCGACAACUCAUCUAUUGUUCCAACCGACACUGUUAAGAACACCAUUCUCGUAGAAGCCAAGAACACCAAUGUUUGGCCAAUUGAGCGUUUUGCUGGACAUUUGGCUCAACAUUUUACCAAGAAGUACUCCCACGUGGAAGGUAUUGAAAUCAAGAUUAUUCAAUCCAAGUGGACCAAAUACGAAGUUCAAGGAAAGUUGCACGCACACUCCUUCAAGCACGAAGGUCCAGAAACUAAGAGAACCUACUUGAACUACGACAAGAAGACCGAUAACUUGGUUCUUACUUCCUCCAUCAAGGAUCUUACUGUUUUGAAGUCUACUGGAUCUAUGUUCUACGGAUUCCACGAAUGUGACUACACCAUUUUAAAGCCAACCACCGACAGAAUCUUGUCUACUGAUGUCGAUGGAUCCUGGACUUUUGACUCUAAGAAGAUUGGUGGUCUUGCUGGAAUUGCCGCUGCUGCUGACAGGGGUCUUUUCGACUCCACCUAUGAAUUGGCUAGAAAGACUACUUUGGAAUUGUUUGCUCUCGAAAACUCUCCAUCCGUCCAAGCUACUAUGUACAACAUGUCCCAUGCCAUUUUGGACGCUGAACCAGCUGUCAAGACCGUCACCUAUGUCUUGCCAAACAAGCAUUUCAUCUUGUUCAACUUGGAAUGGAAGGGUAUCAAGGGUAAUGAUGACUUGUACUACCCAUCUCCAGAUCCAAAUGGGUUGAUCAAGUGUACUGUUGGUAGAAACUCAUCCAAAUUGUAAGUGGAUUAAUAGAAAUUAAUGAAAUGAAAUAGAUA